CACAGUUUGAAUAGAAUCAAGCAGAAUGAAAUGCACACUACUGAUAUUCGCAUCCCUCAUUGCCAUGGGAACGUGCAAAUUUGAAUUGAAUGAAAAGGCGUUACAAGCUGUUACUGCAAUUAGAAACGAAUGCUUUGCUAGCGAAAAUAUGGAUCCUGCUAUCAUCAGUCGUCUGGAUGAUCACAAACUGCCAUCCCGUGACGAGUUAAAAUGCCACAGCUUUUGCGUCCUUAAGAAGUUUAAGGCCAUCGAUGAAGAUGGCAUCUAUAACAUGGAUGUCUUCAAACCUAUAUUUUCUGAAAGCGAUUUUUCAAAGAUUGACGAGAUCUUCAAGACGUGCAAUGUGGAUUCCACCGAUCCAUGCGUUAAAGCUUACGAGGUGCAUCAAUGCUUCAACUCUGUUCUCUACUAGAAAGUAUAAUAUUUUAUUGAUAUAAUCACAUAAAUUGGUACAUUGAAUAUAAUUUAUUUUGUAUGCAUCUUUCAUAAAUAAAAGCAUAUUAUAAAUAGCUAACAUGCAAAUCAUUUGAUUAUAAUAAAAGUGUUUAAGACAAAA